AUGGGGGCGGCGAAAGGAAUUAUGGUUACCGGGGCUCUCUGGAACCUUCCCUGCCCUCCCCGUGGUCUCCCCCGCCCUAGGGGGGCGGGGCCCUCCGGGCCGCUGCCGGGGGCUGGGGGUCUGCAUCUCACACCUUCCCCGGGGCUUCUGCUCUCGCUCCUGCUGCUGCUGCUGCUCUUCAUGCCCUGCAGUGAACCUGGCAUACCUUGUGGCCAAUACCACCCAUUUAGGAAAAUCAUUCAUGGACAGGCUACCAUAGCAAGUAAGUGGCCCUGGCAGGUGAGCCUCCAAGUCUAUCGCAAGCACUUGUGUGGAGGAUCCCUCAUUGAUACUGAAUGGGUACUGACAGCAGCACACUGUGUCUUGUGGGAUAUUGAUUUCACUGUGAAGCUUGGAGACAUAUCCUAUUUCAUCUCGGAGAACAGUACCAUCGCCACUGUCAAGGACAUCCUCAUCCAUCCUGCUUACUCAGAAUUACUUUACAUCAGGAAUGACCUUGCCCUCAUCCGCUUGGACUCUCCUGUGAAGCUUAGCCAGACGAUUCAACCUAUCUGCCUCCCUUCUAACAAAUUCUCCUUGAAGAAUGGGACCCGCUGCUGGGUGGCAGGAUGGGGCAAGACCGAAGAAGACCAAGAUUUUACAAAGCCUCAUCCGCUUCAGGAAGCUGAUCUAUAUAUCCUUGAGAGAAAUGACUGCAAACGAAUGUUGAGAAAGAUACUGAUUUUCUCAAUAUUUGUUCCUAUUGUCAACAAAAGGAUGAUCUGUGCCUAUAAUCCAAAAGGAAAAGAUGCCUGCCAGGGCGACUCAGGGGGACCCCUUGCCUGUGAAGUCGCAGAGCACACCUGGGUGCAGGUGGGGAUAGUGAGUUGGGGAAUUGGCUGUGGGAACCCUGGAAUACCUGGAAUUUAUACCCAAGUCAGUUCAUUCUCCACAUGGAUCAUCAAUACCAUGAACCAAAGAAACUCUUCCUUUUUGGCCUCUUCCUGCUUCCUAUUUGUCUUGAUACUGCUGCCUUUGUAUGUCCUGAUAACUCCAUGAUACAAGCUUCUCAUUUUCCUACAGUCUAUGCUCAUAUCUCUGCCUUUUGUACCUUCUUUUAAGCCCUUCCCAACUCUUGUUGCUCCCUCCAAGGACUUCUCAACAUACCUUACUUUCAAAACAUCUGACUCAGCCGGGUCGAAAGAAGACGAGCCAGCUCCUGUAUGGAAAGCACUUUGCAAACUUUACAGCCAGAUAUAAACUUGAGUUGCUCUUGGUGGUAGUGGUGGUGGUUGUUUCUACUAUGAUUUCCCCACUGGAUUGGCACCAUGAUCUGGAGUGUGGUCUUUAACCAUAUAAGAUGAAUGUGACACAAACCAAGGCAGGCUGUUGGGAAGACAGGGAGAACUUUUGGCUUCCAAAGUUCCUGAAGUCUUCCAUCCUUGGCUCAUUUCUGUCCUCCCAAAGAAGUCAUCAGAAGUGUGGCUCUCCAUUUCCCUACCCUUUUAGGAACAAUUCUUCUCCCCUCCCUCAGUCCUCAUCUGCUCUCAGGGCAGAGACCCAAGGCCCUUCACUUCCCCUUUGCUGGAUGGAUAGGA